GAGAAAAUUAUGACAUAAAUUUAUAAAAAUGAUUUAAAAAAUAAAAUGCAUGUAAAAAUAAUUUAAUUAUAAAAAAAAAUAAUUAAAAAAAAUAUGUACAAUUUAUGUCACUCACAUGAUCGUGUUGAUCAAUAAAAAACAUAUACAUUAAUUGAAAUUGAAGAAUAAACAUGCGAAUGAUAAGUUCUUGUGAGCACACGUGUGUUUUGAAGCGAUUUAAUUUCGAAUUUAUAAAUUGCAGUUAAUGUUAAAUUAUCACUCAUGUAUAAUUUAAUUAGAUGCACAUUUAAACGUUGCAGGCUUCAUGACUAUAAAUUUAUUCUGAAACUGACAAUGACACAUUGGCGGCAAGUUAAAAAUUUAAAUAUUAAUUCAAUCAGGAUGAUGAGCAAUGAUUUAGAUUCUACUGAUAAAAAUAAUAAAGUAAAUCCUAUGGAUUUUUUUUAUUGGUUACAAAAAUCAGCACCUGGAUUUCCUAUCGAUGCUUCUAAAGUCAAAAUAAUUCAUGAGCCCGCAGUUUUUUAUUCAACUUUAUUAGAUAAAUGUAAGAAAGCUGAGAAAAGAAUAACAUUAGCGUCACUUUAUUUAGGAACUGGAAAACUUGAAGGGGAUUUGGUUGAAGCCAUAGAAAAAUCAGUAAUUGCAAGCAAUGGUCAGUUGAAAGUAAACAUUCUUUUGGAUUAUAUGCGAGGCUCACGUGGUCAGAACAAUUCCAGAAAAAUGCUAGAGCCAUUACUUAACAAACAAUGGGCUGAUAACAUUAAAGUCCAUUUGUACCAUACACCAAAAUUACGAGGAUUACUUAAGAAAUUUAUACCAAAUCGUUUCAAUGAAUUAAUAGGUUUGCAACACAUGAAAGUAUAUAUUUUUGAUGAUUCUCUAAUUAUUAGUGGGGCUAAUUUAAGUAAUGAUUACUUCAUGAAUCGCCAAGAUCGAUAUUUUCUCAUUGAAGAUUGCAAAGAAUUAUGUGAUUUUUAUAAUGAAUUAAUUUACCAAGUAUCCAACUUCAGUUUUAAAUUAAUGCCAGAUAAUUCAACGUCAUUUGAUACCGAGUCUAGUCCUCACCCUUUUGAAAGUCCUGCUAAAGAAUUUGUAUCAGCUGCUAAAAAUCGAAUACGUAAAUUUUACUUCAAUCAAUUGGACAAACGUCAAACCGAAGCUGGGAAUAAUCAAGUGACUGCAGACACGUGGAUAUUUCCAUUGAUUCAAAUGGGUCAGCUUGGAAUUUAUCACGACAAUGAAAUUACUUUAAGAUUAUUAAAGACUGCACCUGCGGGAGCCAGUCUGCAGUUUGCUACAGGAUAUUUUAAUUUAACGACAGAAUAUUCGAAUGCUCUGGUUCGCGAUUGUCAGGCUUCAGUCCAGCUCCUUACUGCUCAUCCGACAGCCAAUGGUUUCUAUGGCGCUAAAGGUGUAGCAGGAGGAAUUCCCGCAGCGUAUACGCUGAUAGAAAAAUCAUUUUAUAAAUAUUGUGAACGAAUGAAAAUGAAUGAACGCAUUAAAUUAAGGGAAUAUAUUCGUAGUGGUUGGACAUAUCACGCCAAAGGUCUUUGGUACACGUUACCAAAUCAAAAAAAACCAUCAUUUACUUUAAUUGGUUCAUCAAAUUUCGGAUACCGAUCAGUAAAUCGUGAUCUAGAAACCCAAAUAGCUGUUGUUACAAAAAAUGAUAAACUAAAAAAUGAUUUGCACGAAGAGUACAAUAGAUUAUAUAAAAAUUCUCACCAAGUUAACAGAAGUUCACUAUCACAGCCUGAUCGAAUUGCCCCAACUUGGGUUUACGCCGCAGUAUUUUUAUUUCGUUAUUUUUUCUAGGAUAAUUUUAAUAUUGAGUUUUAAUAAAACUCUUUUUUUAAAAACCUAAAAAAAUUAUAUAUAAUUCUAUCACUCAACAAACCUGAUAAUUUUUAUUUUAUUGAUUAAUUUAAUUAAUUAAUUAAUUUUAUUCUUUAAAUUACGACCGUAGGAAUUGUGUACUGUAUUGUGGGUUAAUAUUCUUCCUUGAGCCUAAAAUUUUCUAAUCAAAUCACUUCGAAUUGGUCGUAAUUAAUCGUAGGUUUGCAAGCCGGUCGUGAACAUGGGGAAUAAGGACAUAAAUCUUUAUCCGCAAUCAGUG